GUCUCGGACGAGAAUUGUCACCAUGAAAUCACUGCUGUUCCUACUUUUUGCAUCAGCCAUAAUGUCAACAGCCUUCAGUGGGCUUCCUGAUUGUGAUUUGUACUUGGACAACUGCUCCACUUGUAAGGAUGACCAGGAGUGUCUUUGCGAUGACCAUAACAAUUACUUUGCCUUGUAACAAAGAGUAUGGAAACUCCUUUGGAUUUGUAGAAGUUUUUGAUGUUGCCAAUGAGAAUUUCUUUUGUAAAAGCACUAGAUUUGCAUCAGGUUCUGAGAAUAAAACCCAACGUAAGGACGAUUUGACGAUUUGUACCACUGUCGAGAGUUUCCAGAACAUUUUAGUGACCUCUCGCUGCACAUCAAAAACGAAAAUUCGCAACAAGGAGGAUAAUUUGCUCAUUGAAAAAUUGAACAAUUUGGUGGACAAUUGUUUAAACAAGUGUCCAGAAACGAAGUUUUGCCCUGAAGUGAAGCAACAUUUCCAAAAUUUGACCAAACUUCUUGAAAAUGCAAUUCAGAUUUACCAAAAAUCCACAGGCGAUGAAUUAAUAUUUCCAUACCAAUCGACAACCAAGCGUUCCAAACCUAUCACAACCCCAAGCACGCCGGUCAAAAUGGACUCGAGUGAAUUAAAAAAUUGCACGUGCCCCACAAACUACCAGAGUGAGAUCUUUUCCAAGGCCCUUAUCUGGUCUCUGGCGGCGUUGAACGUUUUUCUUUUGUUUGUUUUGUGCAUCAUUGCGGUUGUGAAAAUCGUCAAGGUUUCGGCACACAAGGAUAAAAAGGAAGUGGUUGUGUACGACGAUUGUCAGCACGCGAGCGCAGUCACGUUCGACUAUCCCGAGGUAGUGGCGCUUCGGCAGCGCAACGACAGCACCUCGGAAAAGGAAAAUACGGGCUCCGCACAACAGGAUAAUGUGGCUUAUGAUUACGCGUACGACCACGUGGUCGGUGUUCCUCAGCAACUUCCGCAAAGCAGCGCGGAGAGUGCGAUUUACACGAGCAUCCAAGCCGCUCCGAAUCCAUUUUUCGUCGAGCUGAACAGUAAAGUGCAACUGCGUUCGAACAAGAGAUAAAAUCGGUUUUUGAAUUUAUGCAGUAAAUAUUUUAUGUUUAUUGAAUAUGUAACAUUAUGGGUAGCAACAAUUUUUUGAAUUAAAUAAAAAAUUCAAUUUGUA